GCAGGAGUGAUCUCACCUCCUUCUCCACCCCUUCUAUCCUCCGCUGCUGCUGUCAGCCCACAAAAACAGCCUUUCUCUGUGCAGACGUGGAUUUUUUUUCCGUUCUCCCCUCUUUUUUUAUCUUUUUUCUCUUUUUUUUCAGCCAAAGAAACAAGCCAAAGAACAAGAAACAGGAUCACUACUGAGCGGCGCGCAGAGAGAGCCCACCGACCAUGGAAGAACUUACGGCAUUCGUGUCGAAGUCCUUCGAUCAGAAGAGCAAGGAGAGCACCAAGGAGAGCAUCACGUACCGGGAAGUUUUGGAGAGCGGCUUGACGCGCGCGCGGGAGCUGGCCAGCCCAGAGAGCAACCUGCAGGACAUAACAGACACCAACCACUGCCCCGUGCACCUCUACAAGGAGCACGUGGAGCUGGAGAAGGACAAGCUCAAGGACUUUAAUGUUUCCAGGGCGACGGAGGGAAUCUAUGAGUGCAAGGAGAAGAAGGAGGACGUGAAGUCGGAGGACGAGGACCCGCAGGGCAAACUGAAGCAGCGGCGGAGUCGCACCAACUUCACGCUGGAGCAGCUCAACGAGCUGGAGCGGCUCUUCGACGAGACUCACUACCCGGACGCGUUCAUGAGGGAGGAGUUGAGCCAGAGACUAGGACUCUCCGAGGCCAGGGUGCAGGUUUGGUUUCAGAACAGAAGAGCAAAAUGUCGAAAACAAGAAAACCAAAUGCACAAAGACAUCUUUCCCUUCUCCCCAGGUGUCAUCCUCGGCAGCGGCAGUCACCUGGACGCGUGCAGAGUUGCUCCGUACGUCAACAUGGGCGCCCUCCGAAUGCCCUUCCAGCAGGUUCAAGCACAGCUCCAGUUGGAUGGCGUCACCCACUCCCACCCUCACCUGCACCCUCACUUGGCUGCUCAUGCACCCUACCUGAUGUUUCCGCCCCCUCCCUUUGGACUACCAAUUGCAUCUCUCGCUGACUCUGCCUCAGCGGCGGCUGCGGUGGCGGCGGCAGCCAAAAGCAACAGCAAGAACUCGAGCAUCGCCGACCUGCGACUCAAGGCAGGACUUCUGCGGGGCCAGUGGCUCAGUCCACUCCAGGCACAGAUCACUUCCCAAGGACCAUACAAACACAUGUGGAUGUCUGUUUGAGGGCCCCGAGGGCUGGGGGCCCGUCAGGACAGAAGAUGUUAGAACAAAGCAAAGUGGCGAGCAGCAGCAGGGUUGAAAACAGUCUCACUGACGCUGCUCUGCUGAUGCAUGGAGAGGCGAAUUUUGGGGGGAGUCAAACCCACACACCGCCUCACCAAACUAAUGGAACGGCUCUCCACCUUUACAAUCCCACCCCCUCACUAAUUAAAAGAAGAAAGCAUUUUAAAACUAAGCGAUGGUCUUUUGUUUGUCUUCAACCACUGUGU